AUGGUCAGAGAGUUGCACCGGGAAAAGCGAGGAGGACCUAUAUAGUUGCAUUUUCCGCAACUGUUGUUGAAAAUUAAUAAGCAAAAUUGCAAAAGAUUUGCAUACUGUUAAAUCUUUUCUACAUGAAAAUCGAAGCUCAUUAUAGAUGCUCUGAGGUUUGCCUAGUUUCCAGAUAAUGUGUUGUUUAACUUUGUAAAAUUAUGUAUUUAACUUCUUCAUAAAUUCAAAAUUUUUAAAAUUGUUUACUUUUUAUUAUUUUAUAUUAAAGGCUAUCGCCCUCAUAACAAGAGAAGUUUCCUCUCAAGAAGUAGACGGUACUGUGACCUGUUUGUUAUUUCCCUCCCAAUCAGGCCCCAGUUGCACGAUACCGGAUUCGCAUCGGAGCGAGUCGAGCGACAUCAAUUAAACGCUUUUUAUUUGGCCUCUUACAACUUUUCGUAUUUGACGUUUUUGACUAAUUCUGUUAUAUUAUCAUAAGUGUGGUUGCUAAAUGUUGUAAAAUGAAUAAAAUAUAGCCCUGUGAAGUUCGCAAAUCUUGUAUAUAUUUGUAUUACGCGAGGUAAAAAUAACCACUUUCGGCUCAAAAAUGGUUAUUUUUCUCGCGCGUAAUGCAAAUAUAUACAAAAUUUGCGAACUUCACAGAACUUCACUCCUCAUUUUACAACAAUUCGCAACCAAACUUUGCAGUUUUACUCAUUUUAAGAUGCUCUUUCCAGCUAUGGUAAUGGAUUUCGUUCUUCAUGUCUAGAUCAAAAUUUCCCCCAAGGGGGGGAGGGGGGAUGGGGGGGUCCGGACCCCCCACUUUUUGUAAAGAUCAAUAUUGUAAUUCUUCCAAAAGUGAGAAGAAACUAGGGGGGGGGGGUGCAAGUUGCGAAUAUUUUUAAAGAAAUCAACUGUCGUCAUUAAAUUGAAAUAAUUGCGUAUUUGCGUUCACAAGUUAUCCAGUAUGUUAUAUAUGUACAGUUUAGUUCGAUACAACGCUUCAGAAUAUCUUCAAAGAAAAGAAAUGAACUUAGUAACCGCUGUUGAUGCGGUAACUUCGCUAAUCGCUAAAUGUUCUCCUUUCCGGAUCGAGGAAAAAUUUGCCGAGUUUGUGCGCGCGCACUGCUGAAUUCAAGGCAGUCGAAUUUCACGUUGAAGAUUCGUUUAGAGAUUCCAGCAACAACGCCGUAGAACGCUUCCAAGUAUAGCUGAUGAACAAACAUUGCUUGAUCAGUUGAUGCAUCAUUAAGUCACCACGUUUUCUCCUCAACUCAAAACAGCACAACAGUGUCUGCAGAAAGUAAAUUUCGCACUGGUUUUUACUAUUGUCUGUUGGAUCUGCUGCUGAGGGAGCUGAAGAGGCGAUUUAAUUUUAAAAGAUUAAAAUGCAGUAAUUCUCAACUUAAUAACAAGUUCAUAAAACUUUCUUUAUCUAUUAAUUUGACAUGUUAUGUUAUUAGUUUAUUCCACAUAUGCUUUGUUAAUCUCGUAAAUAUUACAUCUAUGGCAUAAAAUAAACCAAAUCUGUGGCAUAUAGAUCACCAAAAGGCCAUGCCAAAUAUGCACGUGGGAGCGUUUCGCUAACCUAAAAAUUGAAAGAUUUUCCGGGGACAAUGUCCCCGGCUUUUAGAACAGUACUUUUAUGUAUUUGGCACUUUAAACCCCCCCCCCCAUUCGUAUGGGGCUGGCUACGCGCCUGGGAAUCAUCCAUUGUGACAUUUGCUAUUCAGCUUUAAGCUGCAGCAACAGAUUAAAACCGCCCUCCACAUUUAGCUUUAUUCUGUUUCUGAUAACCACCAGUUGACCACCAUCUGGAGCACUGAUGCAAGACGGUGCUUAGUUAAGCCAGUUUUCCACUUCAAUUGUGUCGUAGCGAAACGUAGCGUAUUUCUUUGUUUCCUGACCACUAGAAUGGAACUAAUGACUUCGACACAAAAGAAAAUGCUAUGGUACGUUACGAUACGAUACGAUACGAUACGAUACGGAUGAAGUGGAAAACUGGCUUUAAACUCAUUCGCUGUGUGUCAUUUAGGUCUUUCGGCCAAUCUUGCCCUGAGACAGGAAACUGGUGGGUCGAGCAAGUUAUCACCUGACACAGGAGGAGGCAAGGCUGUGGACUUCCGAGUAGAUGCGACAGAUGUUACUAUGCAUUUUGCAACGUCGGAUAAGAUAGCGGAUACUGAUCCAUACUGGUAUGUGAAGUUGGACGACGUGUAUCUGGUUCAAACUGUUGAGAUUUUCAGCCGUCGUAAUUGCUGCCCGGGUCAUAUGGGAACCAUUGAAGUUAGAGUAGGUGGGUAUCACACACGAAGGAGAUGCACAAAGAAGGGGGAGCGGAAAGAAAAUCCCACUUACAACGUCAGUCGGGUGGUCGAUCAAACAGUCGAUCCAGGGAUGGGAUCCAGCCAGAUUUGGUAGGGUGGGUUUGCUCAUUGAGUUUUGGGUCGUGAUUGGGGGGGGGGGGACCUUUCGCCAAGUACACAAUCACUAGAGGGGAAGCUACAGGCAACAAUAGAGACCUUAAGAUUGACGUUUACGGCAAACGUCAAACCGCUAGCGAAGUUUUUGAUUUUACAACUCUAUUAUAAUAGCUUUUACACCAGUUUUGAAAUAUGUUAAAUUUAUUAAACUUGUGCUCUUUGGCAAUGAUUUAAGAAAGCAAAUUAACCACUAGUCAUGCCAUUCACCAAAGCAGUAAAUUAAGAUUUGGCGUUUCAAGUUGGCGUUUGGCGUAUAGAUUUCAUGCUUGAACUGCUACGAGGGCUUGUAGUCGUUAAAGCAUGAAAUUUAUACGUCAAAGGCGCAGGGGGUAACUUGCGAUAAAGGAAUACCGAAUAGCUUUCCGUGCGGGAUUGCGUGAUCUAUGCACGCGGGUUAUUUCGAGACUUUCGAAAAGCGUAAAAAAACUCGAGCUGCCAGGCGAGUGCUUGUUUAUGCUUUCCGAAAGUCGAGAAACAUUGCAAGUGCAUGGAUCAUGCUAUCCUGCACAAAAAAACAUUCGGUAAUAGACUUUCCCCUUUUAAGUGAAAUUUUGAUCUAGACAAGUCUGGACAAAAAUUUCAUCACAGCUUGAAAGAACAUCGCAAAAUUAGUAAUAUUCCGAAGUUUCGUUGCAAAAUGUUGUAAAAUGCGGAUAAUAUAGCCUUGCGAAGUUUGCUGUUUUUUAGUCAUUUUGUAUUACAAACGGGAAAUUGAUAAUCAGAUGACCAAACUGAUUAUCAAUUUCCGAUUUGUAAUACAAAAUGACUGAAAAACGGCAAACUUCGCAAGGCUAUAUUAUCCGCAUUUUACAACAUUUCGCAACGAAACUUCGCAAUAUCACUAAUUUUGUGAUGUUCUUUCAAGCUGUGAUGAAAUUUUUGUCCAGGCUAGUCUAGAUCAAAAUUUCACUUUAAAAGGGGAAAGGUCUAUUGUUUAAUAAAACAACUACAGUGAAACGUUUAAUGGUCAAGUUAAUUCACUCUCUGUAGUUAUUGUAAACCAUUGUUCACUGUUUUGGUGAACUUGCCGCUCGUUUAAUUUAAUAUACUGGUAUUGCAUGUUUAUUUCACGCAUUGAUAUGUUUUCGUUGUCCGACAUUUUGAAAACCCCGCGGAAUCAGGCAUUUAAAUUUUCCGUCCUGGAUUGUCUCAUCUUGCACGGGUAUUGGCCAAUCAGAUUGCGUGUUUCACUGUAGUUAUUAUAGAACUUCUUUUCAUUUAGGUAAGUCGUUGAAUGACGAUGGAGGCAGGACUAAUCCAUUGUGCGGGGAACCUAAGAACAUGAACAACAUACCCAAGCACACAUUCCGAUGUGAGCGGUAUGGCAGAUACGUGACUGUAAAGAAGACCGAUAUACCAGUUCAGUAUCAUUUGAUUUUUCUUGAAGUCCUGGUGAAUAAAGAACCAACUCGUAAGUUAGCGCUAUCGAUGGAUACCUGUGUAUAUAAAUUAGCGCGGUUAGAUUAGAAUUUGCGCAAACCACAGGUGCGCAAACUCAAAACUGAGCGAAGAAUAAUACGCCGAAAAGGAUUCUGCAGGCCCAAACAUGAGGGUUAGCAGAAUACCAAUGAACUCGAUAAUACUGGCUCAAUAUACCGCUAUACCUAAUGAUACUUUUCAACUAUGUCAUCGCCCUAUGAUCUGUUGAAAACAGUUUAGAGAACGAGGGGAAUUCAAAUCCACUAUGCGGUGAACCUAAGGAUUUAAGUGACUUGCCCAGUUAUGUAUAUCGCUGUGAACUCUACGGCAGAUAUGUUAAUGUAAAGUAGUCUGAUUUUCCAACCGUUCAAGUUUUAGUUGAUAAGGAACCGACAAGUAAGUAUACUUAACUAAUACUAAACCAAGCUAAACGAACUUUUUUAAACUUUAUUGCUCUGUCAGUUUUAAACUAUUCUCCCUGAAGGUACAGUUCAGGCAAUACCUUAUAUUAACCCAGUAUCUCAAAUGCAUUAAUAAUUUGUGAGUAAAUUAGCCAACCAUAUUGUUUUAUUUUGCUCACAUGAUAAUAAUGGAUACCUGGUGAAUUCCUGUCCUACGACUGGAUCAAAAUUACUUUACCUCACUUGAAGUAUUGAUUUAUUCAUAUGAGAUGUCAUUUCAAAUCAUACAAAUCGGAUAGGGCUAGAUUUCAAGUCCUCGCAUUUCAAUCACAUCAAUUUGAUCAAAUGGACGACUUGCGCUUUAGAAACAUUUUUAAUCUGGGAAUAGCAAAGGAUAUUUUUGGAAAGAAGUUAUCAAAAUUAGAAAAACUGCAAAGUUUGGUUGCGAAAUGUUGUAAAAUACGGAAAAUAUAGCCCUGCGAAGUUGGCAAAUUUGUAUACAUUUUUAUUACGUGCGGAAAUUGGUAACUAAUUUAGUUACCAAUUCAUGCACGUAAUACAAAAGUAUACAAAUUUGCCAACUUUGAAGGGCUAUAUUUUCCGUAUUUUACAACAUUUCGCAACCAAACUUUGUAAUAUUACUAAUUCCAAGACGCUCUUUCUAGCUGUGGUGAUAGAUUUCGUUGUUCUUACUUAGAUUAAAAUUUAGUCUAAAGCGCAAGUCGUCCAUUGAAACAGAGAGAUCAAAUUGCGCGAACUUGAAAUCUAGUCCAGUUCUCAUAGUCGGACUUGAAAUAUUACGUCACUACCGGAAGAAACUUAGAAGAAACUAAUAUUGUUUAUACUGAACAUAUCAAACAGUUUUUCUUUGAGGUCCAGCAACAAUCAUAUUGUAUGUCUAUACUGGCACAGUGGUACUACAGAAGGGGAAGCAAACUAAUCUAACUUUAUAUUUAUAUUUAUAUUAGAUAGCACCUGCUCGCUUUUCCGCAACUGCUUCUGGUCAGAACGUAAACUACAUAGUUUUUCCUUCCCAAUUUUUAUCUGUUAUUAAAUACUCGUAACAAAGUGUUUCGUUGAACUAGAUUUCAAAAAUAUAUUCCUGUUUUGUAGGGCAAGCAAUUUUCGACUGUGUUGAACUGAUUUCAACGAAUCUUUAACCACCGUCUUCUUUUUUUUUUCAAGUAAACGUUGCUUUCGGCAAAACCACAUCCCACAGCUCAACUUUCAGAGACGUCAGCGGCUCUGACAAGGCAGUUGAUGGUACACAUCUGGCAUUUAAUUCAAGACGAGGUCUUCCUCCCCAUUGGUGCAUGAUCGAUUUGGGAGAGACCAUACCCAUUGUGAAAAUAUUUCUCCUUCAUACACACCGUAUAUUCGCAUUGAAGAAGAUGAUUUUAACUAUUGGUAUGUAUGAUUGGGCCUGGUACCACUUCAUUAUAGUUUUAUUUAUAAUCUCUUAAUAAGUUCUUUGUACAAGUUUGCGUAGCAAUGACAUAAUAUUAUGUUUUGAUUUAUUAUUAUUAUUAUUAAGUCUUUAUUAAACAUAGCCACAACAGACGUGUGACUUUACAUUUAAAAUUCUCAUAUACAAGGUUCCAAAAAAAAAAAAAAAAAUAAACUUAAUUAUUAUUAUGUAUCUAAGUUAAUUAUUCUUAGGUAGAAUUCUUAAAAAGACUAAGACUAAGUUAUUAUUAUGUAUCUAAGUUAAUUAUUUUAGCUAAAAUUAUUAAAAAGACACCUAUUUAAAAACGACCGUUUGAAUCUUUCUGUUUUAACCUUAGGUAAUAUGAAAUCGUGUUCGCGUUCUCUUAACGGUCUAUAUUAAUUCGCGUUCUCUUAACGGUCUAUAUUAAUUGUGGAAAUGCCACGUUUAUUUAUUGCUGCAAUUAAGCUUCCCGAUCUUCAUCAGUCUCGUAAUGUUAAGCCUUAUAUUAUUAAUGUUAAUAUCAGUUAAGAUGCGGACUUGUGUGCAUCGAAAUCUUUGCAAUAGUAUAUAGAAGAUAUUACACGGCGGCGCGAAGAUAUGACUCUUAUCUUCGAGUGGUGAAAACAAUAUUUUACGAACAAUAUUUUACGAGAAAAUAAAAGUCAUAUCUUCAAGCCACCGUGUAAUGUUCUGUUUUUAUUAGUCCCAAGCAAAAAAUAACACGAGAAGAUAAAAAUCAUAUGUUCAAGUCACCGAAGAUUGACCAACUAGGGAUGUAUUUAGUUUUAAUUUUGUUUCAUUUUAGGUGACAUUUCAACCGACCAUGGCAAGGAUAACCCACGAAUGGGUGGUGUACAUGAUUUUAGCAAAAGCUACACAACCACACUGUAUAAUAAUCCCCGUAUGUCUGGUCGUUAUGCGACUAUUGAAUCAUUAAUAAUGGAAGACGAAAUUAUCUUUAUGGAAAUUGAGUUAUAUUCGGAGUCGAUGCGUAAGUAUUGGAAAAUUGGUUAGACUUUUCCGCACAAUAUGACGUAUCAAAAUGGUUUAUACCUGUGUCUUUCAUACCGUUUUCUGGUUAUAUAUAAUGUUUUCCUCAAUAUCAUGCGAGAGAAGUGUAUAUUUACUAUGUAAAUAUUCGCUUUUUUGCAUGUUUGUACGUAGAUUGAUCCAAAUAAAUUUGUUAAACUAAACUGCAUCAAAAUGUUUUCUUCAUGCAGCAUUUAUCAAAGAAAGAACAGGUCUCGGCUCGCAUUCUGUUCCACUUUACCAUGGCUACCAAAAUGUGCUACCAUGUCAUUCGUAUGGUCAUCCAGCACCCUAUAUAGCAUGGGUGAGUGAGGGUGUGGUAUUACAGAAUAGAACCAGUGACCAGGAUACCAAUCUUGUAGUUGUCGCAAAUGGAACGAAGGGAACAACAACAGACUAUGAAUGCUGGGCGAGCAAUAUUCAUGGCAAAGAUCUUUAUUCUAUAACAGCUACUCAUACCGGUCGUUAUGACAUGUGUAUAAAACCUGAAGAGGUGAGAGAUCCAAGCAGAAACAGAUUUUCAAAACAAGACACAACGAAAGAAAUACAAAAUGAUAGAGAUUCCUUUGAUGCAAGUAAAAUGUACAGUUUUUUCAACCCGCUGAGCAGCUUGUAUAUGAAGGUACUGGUUGGAUUUUUUUAUGUUAAGUCUAACGAAUUUAUUUUUGGUAUUCAUUGUGCCUGAUGCCUUGCUUAAAUAUUAGAGAGCUUAAAGGCUGGUUUAAGGCUGGCAAAUUUUCUGUGAUCACAGUAGGAAUUUUUACAAAUUUUAAGUUUCGAAGGAUUUGCAACAAAUGUUUCAGGGAACUGACUCGUUGUUUAACACUGAGUCAGGUCUCAUGCACAAACAUUUCUUACAAAUCCUUCAAAACUUAAAAAUUACCGAUGCAAAAUUCCUACUGUGAUAACAAAAACUUUGAUAAUGUAAACCAGCGUUAAGGUUACAGGACACCCUUUUUGGCGUUUUGUGGAAAAUCGCUACUGCGCGCUCAAAAUCGGACUGAUUUUCAUCAAAUUUUCACCAAAUGUUAGCCAGUGCAUGCAAAAUAUGAUAAAGUUGUAAAAUUGACAAACAAUAAAAUAAUGUAAGAAUUAUUCAGGAGAAUCUUAAGUCGCGUUACCUUUACGCUUUUGAGUUAUGUUCCUGCUAGUUUUAAGAUAUAUUUAUGAAAAUAUCAUUUUUAUAAAGUAAAAUAGUUGUUCUAAAAAAUUUUGUUCGGAAAUUUUUUUUUAUGUCGUCAUUCCACUGAUAUGGCGAUUUCUUUGACGACUGCAAUAUAUUUCUGAAUCGUUUGUGUGAAUUGCUCCUUAUUAUUAAAAUAUCCAAAAUUAGAACAAAGCCGAACAUAAUUUUGAAACUGAUGUCUUUAGCUAUGUCCUGUGAAAAUUUGAGAAAAAUUUGUUAAAACCCGCAGGAGCACAACUCGUUUAAAAAUCGGUAAUUGCCGUAAAAUUCUUUGGGAGAAAAUUGAAUUUGAAUAUUACAUUUUCAAUGUUUUUCUUAUUGUAGCGAAAUGUAUUUUAUUAAAUAAAAAGUACUGGCACUAGUUGUCAAAUAGAAAUCCAUUUUGUGAUUAAAACAACUGAAUAUCUCCUGUAAUAUACUUUAUUUCGAUUCCAUAUUUUUGUCAGAGCUAUAGUUCUCAUAACCAAACAUAAUUACAAAAUUUCAACUAGUUUCAUAAAGAAUAACGAAAGAUAUAAUUGACUGAAUACAUCAAAAUGGAUUUCUAUUCUGACAACCCUUUCUGAGCGCUGAUUGGCUAAAAUACGAACACGAGAUCACCUGGAACUCUGCGAGUUUUCAACAUUUUUCGUUCAAACUUGGUCAGAUAGUAGAACUGGUCUAAUGCUUUCAUGGAAACCAAUAAAAAAAUUUUAGGCAAAAUUAACACUCGAAGGUGUUCUGUAACCUUAAGCAAGGGACGUUUUUGACAAUAAGUACGCCAACCAGAAGAUAGUUGAGCCGUUAUCGAUGGCGAGAGAAGACAAUUAAUGUAGAUCGGCUGUCGCCGUCACUUGCCAUUUUAUAACGGUUCGAUUGACUUCAGGUUGGCGUGUUGUCAAAAACUUCGCUUGCUUAAACUUUCUAGUAUUUCUGACAGUUUGUUUAAUUCGCAAAUCAUUAAUUAUUCAUGAGCAAAACACAAAGGAAACCAACACCGCAUCGCUGUCUUGAUACCACGGUAAUAAAUGCCCAUAAAUUAACCCAAAUUUCGCCUUGAAUUUCUCUCCAAAAACAAAUUCGUUUGAGAAAUAAUAUAACAAACGCAAUAGCUAUUUCGGCGUAUAAAACACUUCAAAUGUUUGAAAAAACUCGGUUAGCGUCUCGUUUUUCAACAUGCUUUUCGGUAUUUGUAUAUGCCGAUAAUAUUUCUCGUUUAUUGCAUAUCACUUCUAUCGUUUUACAGCUUGCCACAUCGUGCCCAUCUACUUCGUCUUGUGGCACAGGUGCCCCAGGCUGGCUGCCUGAUGGACAUCCUAAACCUGAGGACGGCAUGGUAAGAAGAAAAGUUUGCUUCCACUACGAUGGAAAUUGUUGUUACAAAGCUCUCUACAUUGAUGUGAUUAACUGCCCAGGAAUGUAUGUCUAUGGUCUGGUGAACACUGUGUUUGAUUUCGCUGCCAGAUAUUGCUUGGAGGAUGAUAAGAAGAGUAAGUCUCCACUUCUAUGUUAAAGUGCUUAUGCAACGAAACUUCACAUCACAUUUUAUGAUUACAUUGUAGAGAAAAUUCAAAAUUAUCAGUCAGAUACUUUGCCAAACUAUCGUGGUGGGUGGGUGAGGCCAACGCCUUGAUCGAAGGCCAACAAAUGAGUGAUCCUUUUGUUUUCACAGUGCUUUGAGACGAUGAAACCGUGAAACAAUAUCUGCACGAGUCACUAAUUUGACUAAAAGUCUGAUUAAUUUGUAUGAGUCAUCAUUACCCGUGAGUAUUAUUUUAGAAAAUAAACUUGAAAUAAAAAAUAUUGUCGGUGAAUUGUCCUGUCGUCAGCACAAAGGCCCUGGGGACGAGGUUGCUGUCGGCCUAAUGUAUUGUCGGCCAAAUGUCCUGUCGGCUAAAUGUUUGUCGGUGAAAGGCCCUGUCGGUCAAACGUCUGUCGGUUUAGUGUCUGUCGGCCAAAUGUCUGUCGGCCAAACGUCCGGUUGCGGUAAAUUAUCCUCUAUGAUGGAAAACAGUUCAGAACUGAUGGAGAUGUCCAUUGUAAACAAUAUUACUUAUAUUAGGUGUCUGCAAAGAGAGACUUGACUCUAAUGUGUAUAACCUUCAUCUUUUUAUAGAAUAGAAUAGAAUAGAAUAGAAUAGAAUAGAAUAGAAUAGAAUAGAAUAGAAUAGAAUAGAAUAGAAUUUUAUUUGCACUCGAGAAAAAAAAUUAAAAAAAAUGACAAGAUUAUUACAAUAAAGUGAGAACGGUGCUGGGAAAUUGGAGUAACUAAAGUUUUCGAGCCAAUUCCCCAUAAGAACUAUAUACAACAAUGAAUUAAAUAUGGCAAAUAAUAAUACAAAAGAAAAAUAAAUUUAGAAAUAUAUAUAGAAAUAUAAUAAACACAUAUAUACACACAUACUGUACAUUAACAAUUUGUAUCACACACAAUAGGUUUGAUUUGAUUAUAGUAAGUAAACAUUUGAUAUUAGGAAUAGGUAUCAAGGCA